CCAGCAGUUGUUUGUGUCUGCGAGAACAGUGCAGUUUCACUCAGUCCAGUCUCGUCUGUCAUGGCCGAUAUUGUGGCUUUCAUCUAAACAAAUCUAUAUUUGGAAAUUGCAAAAAGAAGGUGUUUGUGCCAUCAUAAAGCAGUUUAUUUAGAAAAUAAAAGUAUUAAAAUAGGAAAGCUUCGUCGGACAUAAUGUCGGUGGGAAGCAGUGUCCCACGACUGCAUUUACGAGAAGACGAUGUGGUUCGACUUGUCUUGGAAUUCAUCUGCAGUCGUCAAUUCCACAUCAGCCAGUUGAGCCUGGAACGAGAGACGGGAGUGAUUAAUGGCAUCUAUUCGGAUGAUGUUCUGUUUCUGCGCCAACUCAUCUUGGACGGCCAAUGGGAUGAUGUUACAGAAUUUAUUCAACCGUUGGAAGCCAUUGCCACCUUCGACGCACAUACUUUUCACUACCUCAUUCUCCGUCAAAAAUAUAUCGAGCUUCUCUGCAUCAAGUCUGAAGCGGGGUUAAUCGCCAAUGUCGAUGCCGCUGUCGAAGAAGUGGUCAAAGUCCUCAGCGACUUGGAGAAAUUGUGCCCGUCCAGAGAAGUUUACAACCAUCUCUGUCUCCUGUUGACCUUGCCGAAAUUGAUCGAUCACGCUGACUAUCACGACUGGAACCCUUCCAGUGCUCGGGUUCGUUGCUUCCAGGACAUCUACCCGUUGGUGGAGAAAUUUUUGCCUUACGAGAAACCAGCCAAGGACCGACAUGCCUUGCAGGAAGCCACAAACGAUCGACUAAUCCAUCUACUUAUCAAAGGUCUUUUAUACGAAUCGUGUGUGGAAUUCUGUCAGCGUCGAGCCUUAUCGGGUAGCGUCAAGGAGCGGUCUCCUCCUCAAUUGCGAUUUGGCUCGCUUCUGAGUUCUAGCAAAAAAUUCCACGAUUCGGAUUUGAGUCUAUUGUCCUGGCUCCAGAGCAUUCCAGCGCAAACUUUUGCUCAUCCCUUCGAGCAGCGAACGUUGGAUGUUGACGUGGAGAGAUUGGAUAAGCCAUCGCUGGAAACGUCAUGGACCGAGCACAUGCUGGUUACACCCAUCAAGCCCAAACUUUUCCCCUACUCAGCCAUGCCUUUUGGAAGACCCCGCUCUGUUGAUCUCAUGUCUCGCUCUCUGAACCCUUCCCUGGAUGGUCUACCGUUUGGCAGCGGGACAAUGUGGCGCUCUAGCCUAGCCAGCUUUCAUCUGACUGGGAAAAAAUCCAUGACGACAUCGGUGGAUCGACUCUUUGAAAGUGACGAGAAAGGAUCGAAGACUGUCCAACCGCCUUCUGUUAGUACGGUGAAUGAACUUGCUAAGGAACACAGCCCUUUUAAUGAAACGGAAGAUAAUAAAAGAGUAAUCGCAUCCGACAUUCCGGAGAAACCCCCGCGGGCUGAACCAGCUAGUGGAGAUUUACUGCGUGAAUUCCAGCGGUUAAAACAUUCUCCGAGUGCGUCCGCCAAUAAGUUGGCAGCGCCGCCGCCCCAAGCGUUGUCUGAUCCGACCAACGAGCCAGCCGAGGAUAAGCCUCAAUUACCGGCCAACCAGAAUGGGUCAGCCGCUUCAACAUCGGGCCCAACAUCAGGCUCGGGAUCGCUGGGAUCGGGAUCAGUAUCUGCGUCGACCGCAAUGCCCGGUAGCGGUUUGUCGGGCAAACCUCGUUUCAUAGCCGUCACGUCAUUGGACGAUGUUCAGGCCGUACGUUGUGCCGAAUUUCAUCCUAGCGGCCGACUUUAUGCGGUAGGCUCCAACUCAAAGACGUUACGCAUCUGCUCCUAUCCAAAGUUGUCGGACCUGAGGGAUGACCACACUACGUGCCAGUCCACCGUUCUCUUCAAGCGUACCAAACAUCAUAAAGGAUCGAUUUACUGUCUUGCCUGGAGCCCGGCAGGUGAUUUGAUCGCCACGGGGAGCAACGACAAAACGGUCAAAUUGAUGAGAUUCAAUGCCGAUACCUGCAAUAUGGAAGGGCAAGAAAUUGAAUUGGCAAUGCACGACGGAACAGUCAGAGACGUUUGUUUUAUUGAGGAUAUGAGUAACAAAUCCAGUUUGCUCGUCAGCGGAGGAGCUGGAGAUUGUAAAAUCUACGUGACGGAUUGCGUUACCGGAACACCUUUUCAAGCGCUAACCGGACACUCUGGACACGUCUUGUCUCUUUACACUUGGGGCGGUGCCAUGUUUAUUAGCGGCUCUCAAGAUAAAACAGUCCGCAUGUGGGACUUGCGAACCAGGGGCUGUGUUAACAUGAUUACGCCGCUAACCACGCCCAGCUCCCCUGUCAACAAGGGUUCUCCUGUUGCUUCGGUCGCCGUUGAUCCGUCGGGACGUCUGAUGGUUUCCGGCCACGAAGAUGCCUCGUGCAUCCUCUACGAUAUUCGAGGCAAUCGGACUAUUCAGAGCUUUAAACCUCAUUCAGCUGAUGUCCGUUCGGUCCGUUUUUCGCCGUCCGCUUACUAUCUUUUGACGGGCGGUUAUGACAACAAAUUGGUGCUGACAGAUUUACAGGGAGAUUUAACCAUGUCUUUACCGAGCAUAGUCGUAGCGCAACAUCAGGAUAAGGUCAUAUCGGGCCGCUGGCAUCCCAACGAAUUUUCGUUCAUCAGUUCAAGCGCCGAUAAAACGAGUGCUUUAUGGGCAUUGCCUCCACUUUAAAUAAUAUUUAAUAAUCCACAGAUUGUUUGCUUUUGUACAAAUUGCAAAUGAGUUGGAAGACGAAGAGCUUCUGCCCGUUGUGAAAGAAUGAUGAUGGGACAGGACUAAUAAUAAUAUGAAUUGUUAAACCCAUACGCAUUGAUAUUUAAACUUAUUUUUUCUGCUUUAAAAAGUUUAGCUUUUUGAAAAAGAAUGAAAACAGCAAUCCCGUUUGUGCUUCCAAUUUGUUGCAUUUUCCGUUGUUUUUACAAGUUGGCUUAUUCCUUUAUAUAUUUUAGAUAUUUCGACGCCUUAACCGAACCUUAAUGAAAUAAGGACGAUCCUUUCUUGUUGUACCCUCGCGCCCUAUCUGUUUUGUCAUCUUCUUUGGACUUGGGAAGGUUCGUUACCGUCCACAGAAUAUCGGAUGGAUUUAAUACAAUUUGUUGAUCUGCAA